AUGAAUCCAUUCUUUUCAAAAGCCUUCGAUGCUUUCCUAGACAGCGUGCGCUCAUGGUGCACAACCCUCCAGUACCAAUACGCAGCCGAUAUCAUCGUACUCUCAGUACCGCAGUUUGUCACGGGGCUCAAACACGCUACUAUCGCUGCUUUUACUUCUACUCUUACUCCCACUUUGGAUGCGGGCCCCCAAUUUUCCCAGGAUUUUCAAGUUGAAAAUGCCGAUAGCUUCGACGUGAUCAGGAGGUCGAUUGAUGGACUGGAAGAUCAGGACGACGGGUGGAUGAUGACUCUGGCCGACGUCGAUUAUUUCGAGGCAGAGUCGAGAACGAUAAAUUAUACGUUUACCAUGACAGAAGACGCUGGCGUCCUAUCUGAAGUGAUCGACAUUAUUCAAGAACGAUACUUUCUACAACGAUGA